CCCGCCUCGGGAUCUCCUCCCGGUCCAGGUCCUUCCGGACCAAUUCCCUUGUUUUCCGCCGCCACCUCUCGAUCCUCAUCCAUCCUUCCCACAGCCAUUCCUCAUGCAACCGAGCUCCUCUCAUUCCCCAUGGACACGUCCGGCCUCCAGCUACCUUCGUCCAACGACGGCCAGGAGCCCCGCGAGCAGCAACUCUGCCCGAGCCGCUCAUGUGCGCCUCCCUGCACGAGCUCCUCGACCUCGCCGCCAGCAGUAGCAGCAGCUGCACCCUCUCGGCGCCGCCGGCACCACGUCGACCCCGCCGGAGCUGCGUCAACCCGGCGACCCCCAAGAGCUCUCCGUCUUGGUCUGAGCUCUCUCUCGAGGUCCCGUCGCAGUCGUCCUCUACAGCCGCUGCUCCGCCGCCUUGCCCGCUGGUCGCCGGCAGCCGCCUUCGUCCGCGGCCACAGAAGCCAGCAACAGCGCUACCCCGUCCGAGCUACUUCGCCCGAGCACCCAUGGAGAGGGCCUCCCGAGCCUCCUCGUGCGGCUCCACCUCGAGCUUCCCCGCCCCGGAUCCAGCCGCCCCUGCUUCCCAUCGCGCCUCCCCGCCUUGGAUCCGGUCGUCCCCGCGACGUCCCUGCCGCCAAGUCCACGCCACGGCCUCUGCUUCCUCUUCAUCGAGCAGGAGCUCUGCUUGACCCGCGUGCUUGGAGAUCGAGCAGCUGCGCUCGUUCUCGAGAGCGUUGACUAGGCCCAGCCACAAGCCCCGCGGCCCAGCUCCCACCUCACCGACCGGGCCGAAACCCAUGGGUGAGCAGCCCCCUCCAGCCCCUCUCCUGUACACUUUUGGCCCAGUCAGAUUCGGCCCGAUGUGGGUUUUUUCCUGCUGCGAAUUUAGACAUUAUCCAGAGAACAUCAGUUUUACAGAAAAGUCCUUCAUGUUCAUGCAUUUAAUAUCUCACAAACCGUGCAUCGGAUUAAAAUAUUAUAUAUAUGUA